AUGGCCUCUGUCCAACGGGAAGAGUCCAGCGACACAAACUCAACUGUACCAACUAGUCCGAACAUCCGUCAUGAAGUGGAGCGUCCAAAACACACCAACGCAUCUAGCCCCCAACCACAUGCAACCCGUCGAGCUGGCAAUAUACCUCCCGACUCCUUGGAUAACUCAGGCUCGAAGUCGUCUAGCCAGGAGCGACCGCCGAUCCGAGAAGCGUCUCCUCUUCGACCGCAGUUCAAGGCACCGGCUCAUGGUACCUCAAGGUCAAGGAAGAAUAGUCAAGAUUUGAGUCCUACCCGCAAUGCCGUUAACGUCUUCCCGAACCCCAUCCCUUCAGCAGCUGCUGUUCAGAGAGCAUUAUCGGCCAACAAGCUGCUGCCACAAUCACCUGGAAUAGACACUGCAUUUGAAAGUCGCAAUCCGAAGUCUACCGACUCGACACCACGGUGGCCCAUUUCGCCCAGAUUGACGUCCCCGCCUCCGUCAAGCGCGCAACGGAACUCGAUACAUCCAGUUAGAAAGCAGGACAACGAAAUGGCGGCUCCAAAUUCAUCACAAAAGAGGCUGUCGGCAUCUGUUCCUGACCUUUCCAUAACUGUUGGGAAACCUUUACCAGAAAAGGAAGACAACGCUACAUCACGUACGCCUCUGAAGACACCUGCUCGUGGCGUCAGCGGCGUUACUGCAACCUUGGAAACUGUUGCAGAGAACAGCGUCCCAGAUACACCGUCUAUUAUACCACCAUCUGCGCGGUCUACUGUAUCUAGCCCACAAGAAUACGCAGACUCUCAAAACGAUGAGCCACAGGAGGCUGUUCAGUCCAAGGCAGCGAAAGGGAGUGGGGAGAGCGAGAGUGAUGGCGGAGGGGCGAAAACGAAAGCCGAAACCUUGCCGAAGCCAGGCAACGCAGUUGGCAGCAAACCCAUUUCGAAUCUAGCCAAGAGAUCUUUGACAAAUCUGGUACCUACUAAAAACAAAGUUGGUGAGCCGCCUACACGCAGUAUGACUGUUGAGACCGAGACGGUUAGCUCUGUACCUCAGGCACCACUCAAUGUGACUGGCGAUCGUGGGGCUUCUGGAAAGCUUGACGUCAACGGGAGUAUUCGUUUGAAAGCCAGCAAUGAGACGAUGAAGCCGAAAAAGGAGAGGAAAAAGAAUCCUCGUCGGCCAACGUCAAUAAACACUGGAACGAUCUCCUCCAAGGCAGAUAUCUUCGAGGCUAAAGUAGCCAGUGCGGUGGACGAAGCGAAUUCUUCCGACUCAGAUGAGACAUUUGUUUACGAGUCAAAUCCACCAGAGCCCUACGUUCCUCGUUCAGCUCGCCAUCAUUCAAGAACCCCUAGCGCAACCUCUUUAGCUAGCACCAUCGAUCAGUACGGUGGCCGCAAUAAGUCAACCGGGAAGGACGGCCAGCAUAGCGUCGCGGGUAAACGGAGCAUGAAAUUUGCAAACUACAACGCCAACCUGGAUGGCGACUACGGCAGCCAAGGCACUGGCAGAGGAGGUGGCAGAGCGGUCAGCACGCCCAGACAUCAUCACAUUAGUCGACAUUCGCGCGGUCCAAGCCAUGCAGGCCUGUUCGAUGGCGAUUCUCCCUUUACUCAAGCCAAUAAGCCUUCAUCGCCACGUGUGCCGACAGGGAAAACCUAUCCUAAUAGCACCCACUUCGCAAAAGCCCGCACAACGUUAAGCCCUCGAAAAGCGGAAGCUUACUCAUAUGACGCAGACGAAGGCGUUGCCGACGACGAAAGAAUGCCUCUGAUCGGAUCAGUUAGAGUCAAUCGGGCUCGCCAUGCCAGAAAGACUAACAAUGGCAGCUUGCGGCAAAUUGAUUACUUUGAAGAUCAGCAACCGAGCUUUUUCUCACGUCACGGUGCUUGCUUUUUCGUCACGAUUCUGUUUGUGUUCCUGUGCAUGGGCGCAGGCAGCUUCAUUAUGGCACUAUCAAGACCCCUAAUGGAUGUUUCAAUCAAAGAGAUCAAGAACGUUCUCGCCACCGAACAAGAGCUCAUGCUCGAUCUCAGUGUACGGGCAAUCAACCCCAAUCUCUUUGCGAUCACUGUCAGCGAGUUGAAUAUCGACAUCUUCGCCAAAAGUGGAUUUGCCGGAACUGCUGCUGAAUGGCGACAACACAUGUCUGGCUCAUCGAUUAGAAAGAAAGGGCGAAGGAGAAAGACCAGCGAUUAUUCCAGAGAGGAAUUCAAAAGCGCUGAUGGAGUUGACGAAGGGAACGAUCCCAUUGAAGAUCCCGGAUCCGACCCCCAAACCAUGGUGCUAGGACGAAUAUACGAAUUCGACUCGCCUCUUGUUUUUGAAGCUUCUCCCAUUCGAAGGCAGUACAUGUCGUCCCUGGGCGAGAUUCGACUCACCCAGCCGGGGAAUAAGACCGAAGAAGGCGGAUCCGCGAGAUGGGAAAGGGUGAUUCAGCAUCCUUUUGAGUUGAUUAUUGGUGGUGCUGUUAAAUACCAGUUACCUCUUUCGUCCAAAACGAGAUCCGCAUCUGUGAGAUCGAAAAUAAAGGUCAGCGCGAAGGAUGCAGAGGGUUCUCAAGCAGCUUACGCACCAGAAGACCUCGAUCUGCUCGAGAAGUGA